CAAAUUCCAAAUAUUUUCUCCAAAGAUCGACAGAUAUCAGCCCCAGCGUUAUAGAUAAAGCGUAAGAAAAACUUCAGGCACAGAUUAGGGGCUAGUAGAACCCUGUUCUGUGCUUCAGGUAUCAGAGAAAAAGAUUUCCUGAACAUAAACUCUAGUAUGAUUAAGUUCGAGCAUUGAGAAGAGAUACCCUAUCUAGUCUCAAAGGUUCGAGAUUCCCAAACCAUAAAAUCUAAUAUGAUUAAGUUCGGACAAAAAUAAGGACACUGAGUUUUCAUUUGUUGGGCAGACUAGCUCGCCCGAACGAAGCUUUCAAAGGGCUCAUGAACUAUAAUCUCGAAACAUAAAAAACGUUGUUAUUGGUAUGUCGCUUGUUGCCUGUAUUUCACAUCAAUUGACGCUACUAUGAAUGCUAUAAAUAUCCAUUCUAUUAAUGUCAACUAGAAAAGAUUAAUUCGUUCAGCAAAGCAUUCCUAGUAUCUGAGUAACUAUAGCGAAGUAUAGUUACUCAGAUCUAUGAUCCUUGUAUACAUAUGAUCGUUGAGUGUAGAUACACUCAACGGUACGGUCAUUGAGAAUAGAUAACGCAUGUACGGCGACACUAGCGCUAGAAAAGUCAGGAUCUCUCAUAGGAAACCGAAAACAAGUUGUAAAAAAACUUCAACUGCUGGAUGACGCAUGAGCCAUGAACGGGAAUCGUGGUGCCCAUGGCACAGAAGUGCCCAUGGUUAGCUAGUCUCCGACCGGUUGUCCGUCUUCGGAGACGUGUUUGCUUCGAUUACGAAUAUGCAGAGCGACUCGGGCUGUUGACGGAUAACCUUGGAAAAUCCAUCACGAGAUGAUAACUCGAAUCGAGGAAGUGCAAAUUAUCCUUUGAUACUUGCGUUAAGUUUAGCAAACCAACGUCUAGUCAUAUUUAUUACACGACCCAAAUAUUUACACGCAGCUGAUAGCUACUGAUUGUCAAUGCGAUUUACUGCUAUGCUGGGUAUUAAUGCAGAUCAUUUUCCUUAUUCAAUGCAUUAUAGAAAUUAUGGACCUAUGUCGAAGCGGUGGAGAGCCUGUUUACGUGGGUAUGGAUGAUAGUCAAGGAGAUGCCAGUCAAAAAAUGAUUGCUCUUGAGCAGCAAAAUCGCUCUGUACCAUUGGAAGUCAUUAUACCAAAUUGCAAUGGUGACAAAGAACUCCCUGACUUUGUACUAGCAUAUGUAGAUCAGGAGCCAAAUAAUGUUGCCAGGAGAAAGACCUUUGAGCAAAAUUUACUGGAUCAGGGGCUUCGACUAGAGUACGAGCAAAACCAAAACUUAUGUUUUGUCAAAAUAUAUUCAACUCAGGAGGUGUUGUGCAGAUAUUGUGACAUUAUGAAACUGCGUAUGCCAAUAAAACAGACUGCUGAAGAAAGAGCUUUGACACAAGAACCUACAGAUAUAUUUGAUGAUGCACGUUCUUAUUUCGCGCAAGUCUUCCACUUUGCAACAUUAGAUCGUGCAAAAUUUCCAUCCCGUAAAUACCAACUGGCUGCUGAAUUUUCCAGAGAUAAGGCUUAUUUGUUCGAUAUCGAGGCUGAAAACUUUUUUCCUUGGGGUAUACGAAGUAUGAUAGUAGAUUUUAUUCUAGCACGACAAGCUGAGGGUAUUCAUACUCUGCUGAAUGAUGGAGUUUAUGCAGCAGCUUACCCGUUACACGAUGGUACCUAUAAACAAUCAGGAUCCGUUAGGGCGUUGCUUCAUCAAGAGUGGGGUGCUACACGUAAAUGGAUAAAGUUACAGCCGCUUGACACCAUCAAAGAUUACUUUGGAGUGAAUUUUGCUCUGUACUUUGCUUGGCUUGGGUUUUAUACAUAUAUGCUUAUCCCUGCCAGCAUAGCUGGCCUGUUAUGUUUUUUUUAUGGAUGGAUUACUCUGAGUUCAAACGAGUUAGCGCGAGAAGCUUGUAAUCCCAACGCCCAAAAUAUUGUGAUGUGUCCUCAGUGUGAUAAAACUUGUGACUAUUGGCGAUUAAGCGAAACAUGCUUAUUGGCAACAUUGACCCACCUGUUUGAUAACCCGGCAACUCCAAUAUUCGCCGUUUUCAUGUCAUUUUGGGCAACGUUGUAUCUUGAAUUGUGGAAACGACGGUCUGCAGAAUUAAGUCAUCGAUGGGGUUUGAUUGAGUGGGACCAAACUGCAGAACAUCCUCGGCCAGGAUAUCUGGCGCUUCUUGCUAAAGCUACCUUUUUUAACAUUAAGCAAAAGGUGAAUACAGUAACGCGGCUACGCGAGCCUUACGUCAGUUUCUGGAAGGUCCGAGUUCCAGCAACAUUAUUUAGUUUCUCAGUGGUUCUUUUAUUGACAUGUACUGCGGUGGCCGCGGUUUUUGCUGUAGUCCUUUACCGCAUGUCAAUGAUUACCAGCACCUCACUGUUUGGCCAUGAGGUAGAUUCCACCAGCUACAAGACUCUUGCUUUACCAGCCAUUGCAGCUGUCAUGAAUCUGGUGUGCAUUUUAGCUCUCAAUUAUUUGUAUGAUUGGGUAGCAGUAUACUUGACAGAGAUAGAAUUCUUAAGGACUCAAGCAGAAUUUGACGACAGCCUUACAUUGAAAGUUUACCUCUUCCAAUUUGUGAACUACUACGCUUCGAUUUUUUACAUAGCCUUCCUGAAGGGCAAGUUUGUUGGAUACCCUAAGAAGUAUAAUCGCAUCUUCGGCUACCGGCAGGAAGAAUGCAGCCCUGGAGGAUGCUUGAUGGAACUUUGUAUACAAUUAGGGAUUAUAAUGGUUGGAAAACAAGCAUUAUCUACAGCAUUGGAAAUGGUUCUCCCAAUAUUAAUGAAGUGGUGGGCUUUAUUUCGAAUCCAUACAGGUCUUAAACAAAAGGAUCCCAUUCCUCCGAGAAAUCAGUGGAUACGAGAUUUCAAACUUCUCGAUUGGGGUACACGGGGAUUGUAUGAUGAAUAUUUAGAGGUGGUAAUUCAAUUUGGGUUCACAACUCUCUUUGUGGUAGCAUUUCCGUUGGCACCUUUCUUUGCUCUGGCUAAUAACGUUUUAGAAAUGCGUCUAGACGCAACAAAAUUCCUACGGCAUUAUAGACGACCAGUACCUAAGCGUGCACGUGAUAUCGGAAUUUGGAGUCGCAUACUUGAUACAAUUGCACGUAUUUCUGUUACUACUAGCGCAUUUAUAAUAGCAUUUUCGUCCAACUUCAUACCCAGAUAUGUAUAUAUGGUGGUAGUCAGCCGAGACAAGUCAGAUACAGGAUUCCUAAAUCACACUCUUGCCUAUUUCAACCCAGCAGACUUUGAAAAUGGGACUGCUCCACUGACCAGUGUGUUUGAAAACGUAACGGAAUGCCGAUACGCAGAAUAUCGGAAUCCUUAUUGGGACCCUGAGCUUCCUUACAAACGGCCACCAAUUUACUGGCAUAUUCUGGCUGCAAGAUUAGCUUUCGUAGUGGUUUUCCAGAAUGUAGUUGGUUUGCUGACAAUGAGUGUGCAGUGGUGCCUAUCAGGCGCUCCUCGGAAAUUACGUGACCGUAUAAAACGUGAAGCUUUUUUGGCGGAAGAGCUAAUUAUUAGAAAAGAAGCUGCGCGUGCCAGGGAUUAUCUUGAAGGACAGCAAUUAGAUCGAACAACUUCUGUACUUGACAAUGGCCACGGAAUCCACAGAAGAUCAACUUUCCGCGAGGACACAUCUUUGUGAUAACAUAAUACAUAUCGUCUGCAACCUAUCAAGUGAAUCUCUUAAUUAAAAAUUUGAUAUUAACAUAUCUUCCUAUCGGAAAAAUAGCAGGGUGCUAAUUUUUCAACAAUGAUCAUCGAUUCACAUUGAUAUUUAUAGUUAGUAGCAAAUUUAAAAACAUUAGGUGAUUUCACUUUUUAAAUAUAGUUGAGAACACCUCAUCAAGAAGUGUAAGGUCUAGAGAACGAACAAAUUAUGUAAUGAUAUUUGGUAACGUAUUACCUGUACGAUUUUAGUGUUUAUACAGUGUCUUAACUAUUCGAUAUGUCAUAUUCAUUUUCAUGUAUGAAAUAUCGUUUGCAUUUAAUAUUUUGUAUACGAGGAUAAUGACUGUUCAACUUCCAUUUAGUUCGUCAGUCCUCAGAAGGUAUUCGCUUAUCAAUCGAAUAAACUUGCGAGAGAUUACGUAA